UAUUGCCAUUUUAAUACUACCCUAUCCACUCAAAUCCAAACUCUAACACGGGUCAUAUUUCUUUCUUCGACUUGCAUCGCGGCGACUUUUGAACAGAUCGACACAAGCCCGGAGUGGAUAAGCAUUCCUCAACUCUUAUACUCUGCACUGCAGCAGGCCUUUGCUAGUCAAGUAACCGGGAGGGCACGCAAAGAGCAACUUGGAUGCCCCCCCAGCUUUCUUCCGCCCAGGCUAAUUACACAGCCAGAAUUUGGUCAAGCCCGGCAUAUCAACGCUUUCGGGCCAUUUCCUCCUACCCCGCUGGUGACUCGUACUAUCAACCGAUUUAAUUUGUAUCACCAACACAAAGAGCAACUCUCACCACACAUAGAGUGUCGUGCUCUAGCUAUGCAGGAACUAGAAUCAGCAGCAGAACUGUUCGAUCAUCUGAUAGACACCUGCCAAUUGGAGCUAGUUAGCUUCGAAGCUUCAGACGAAGUGGACCCCAGCCUCUUACUGCUCGCAAUGACGCCUGUGGACGCGAUUGUUCGCUUCAGGAGGCAGGCGCGCAAAUUCGCUGUUGUUAAUGUUAUCUCUUACACCAUGCAGCAAGAAAUUGCCUACACCCGACAUAAACCUUAUAUGAAGCGACUCCUGGAGGAUUGUGAGCAUAACAACCCAAAGAAGAGGCCUCAAAAUCCUUACAUCGACCCAAAGUACACUUAUGCCCGCUUGCCGCCAGUCUACGAUUUGCAUAAGUAG